AGGACCCUCACCGGCACCUGCAUUCAGCGACCACGAUUGAUAUCAUGACUGUUAUUCUUCCUCAAGAUAUUGUCGAGCAGAUCAUAAGCCAUGUCUACCCGAACAUCAAUUCCCUUCGCACAUGCGCGUUAAUCGCCAACGCUUGGUAUCUUCCAAGCAGGAUCUUAUUGCAUUCCAGAUUUGAUUUUGUAGGGACACACAGGUCUAUAGAAAGGCUCAGGUAUUACAUCGACCAUCCAGACCUUUUGGAAUGUGUUCAGACGCUGUCGAUCAACGUGCCACAGCCAGUGUGGCGUGACAGAUGGCAUGGCCAUGACACUGUAGAAUUUUCUUUCAGUUCACUUCUUGACGCGCACUUUCCCCGAGUUUCCACGCGCGAAAUCAGAUUUUUCAAUCACGGACGUGCAGAGAAUGCCGAGAUCCUCAGUUACUUCAAGACAUGCCUUCCAUUCUUGACAUCACUCUCAAUCCAGAACUCCGAUAUCCCAUCACACGAGUUGAAUUCUCUCAUAACAUCCUUCCCUCGUCUAUCAUCCCUUUCCAUCCAUAAGGUGUCGUCUGAAUCUGAGGAUUCUAAUGGGGGCAGAAUCGGACAGGCUAUGCCGAUCGGCACCCUGAUGCGCCUCCGCCAUCUGGAGACUGAUAUGGGAGCGGGAUCAGUUUUUAUCAAGCUCAUCGAGAAUCUUCCGGUGAAACCACCAAUCUCACAUGUGCGGAUAUACUGGGACGGUAGAGGCUCGCGUCGCAACUUGAUGUUGCGGGAGGCAUCAUUCACGAAGGAUGUCUUUGCAUGUACGAGAGGCACACUUAGAUCGCUUUCCAUCAGAGAUCAUCGCAACAAGGGAGACAUCAAAAACUCCAUCGGUCUCGGCGACUGCAAGCAGCUCUGUCGAGUCGAGCUUGGUGUGACAUUCGCACAUACUGCACACUGGGUGCAGGAUAUACUCUCUGACCUCAUCUUUGACUCAUUGGAUGAAAUCGUCAUCAGGCUUAGAGGCAUCAGUGUUCUUUCUAACAACUACGUGAACGAUAUCAUCGAAACUUAUGCCCCUCUCGAUGAGUUUCUGAUUGCCAAGAAGAGGACUCUUGGAGAUGACUUUCCAGUGAUGAAAAUCAUUCUACGUCACUCUCACCGUCGUCACUUUCCUUUGGAUGGUAUUUUGGAGGCUCUAGGAAAGAUAUUCCCACAGUGUCUGGGGUCGGAACUCCUGGAAGUACAGUAUGAAAGGGUUUAACGAGAGAGACGUUAGUCAUGGAUGGAGGUUAAUGUGGCUAUGACACAGUAGAAAUCUUUUAUCUUUCACAGCUUACUGCUGAAGUUUCAAUGCAUUCCAUUGUAAGGUGCGGAUAGUGUCGAUAUCCUCCGUUCUUUCAAGUUGAGAGAGCAGGAGACAACGUUCGCGAAGGAUUUGUUUGCAUGCAUUAGAGCCGCAGUCAGAACGCUAUUACUUAGAGGUUGCUCUACCGAAAAGAACCGUGGCGGAUUUGGGUACGUUUUCAUGUGUUUUGCCUUUGUCAAUGUGCUUUACGUUAUUCCCAUCGCGAAUCUUGGUUUUGGCGACUCU